AUGGCGCAGAAACCAUCGACCCACGAGAUAAGUCACUCGCUGGGCCUAAAUACGAGCCAUUGUGACAGUUCCAAGCUGCUCCCCCAAUUGGCCCCCGGUCCACUGCCCAUAUUCUCUGCACAAUCAUCGAUGGCCACCCGCCGGCCAAAGAAAAAUCCCACAGCCUGUCUAGCUUGCAAAGCAGCAAAGAGGAAGGCAAGUGGCCUGUCGCCAGAUACAAGCUGUGAAUGCUCAGGACUUCCAUCGCCGUGUAAAGCUUGUUUAAACGCUGGCUCCGAAGAUGAAUGUCAGUUCCAUCCAAGCCGCGAUCUAAGACGGAAAGUAGCCGUGAAGCGGACAAUACAAGAGUUAUCCGAUUACAAAGACUUGUUCGAUUCAUUGUUGUCGACAAUCCGGCUGGCAAAUACAGACCAGCUCAGCGAGGUCACUGCGAUAAUCAGAAACAAUGUACCGAUGAAGGGACAUAGCUCAUGCCGUGGGAAGUCCCGUGACAAACUUUCCCGAUUCAAAAACCUCAUCUACCAGUAA